AAAUUUUUCUUUUGCAACACUUGAUAGUAGGACCCAUAAAUAUCAUAGAAUCAAUCUAUCCUACGGGUCUUGUGUUCAAUACUGUGAAUUCUAGAAAUUUGUCUUCUUUUCUACGUUGAGUGCGUGAAGCAAUAAUGAAUAAACAGAAAUUACAGAUGAGGAGGUGAAUAUUAAGUUCAAGCUACUCUACUGUUUUGACAGAGCAAUUUUUCCUAUUAUAGAAUUCCUUCAACUUUAUGUAAAAAUUUCACAAAAGAAUCACGGAACAAACAAGUUGGUAGUGCUUACUUUUAGAUUUGUGUAUAUAAAAUUGAAGGUGUGAGUGAAGUGAUGUUAUUAUAUGAUAAAGUAUUAUUAUCACUUACAUGUUGCCGCCUGUAAUAAAGGAAAUGGAAGAUGGGUCUUCCCCUGUGGGUAAGGGAAGGGCAGAGCAGUACAAAGGGAGGGUCACUGUUCAUGUCAUCAUCGCUUGCAUUGUUGCUGCAACUGGUGGAUCCCUCUUUGGCUAUGAUGUUGGUAUUUCAGGAGGAGUUGCUUCCAUGGAUGACUUUCUUCAGAAUUUCUUCCCUGCAGUGUACAAACAUAAAAUGGAAGCACAUGAAAACAACUAUUGCAAGUAUAACAAUCAGGGCAUUUCUGCAUUUACCUCUACUUUAUACAUUUCUGGUUUUGUUGCAUCUAUAGUCGCAGCUCCAGUUACAAGGAAGUACGGACGGAGGACAAGUAUCAUAAUUGGUGGUAUCAACUUUCUCAUUGGCUCAGCUCUGAAUGCUGCAGCUGUUGAUCUGGAAAUGCUCAUCAUAGGAAGGGUUCUUCAAGGUGUUGGCAUUGGAUUUGGAAACCAGGCUAUUCCGCUGUAUUUGUCAGAGAUGGCGCCAACUCAUUUUCGUGGAGCCCUGAACAUGAUGUUUCAAGUCGCAACCACUUUUGGGAUUUUUACAGCAAAUAUGAUCAAUUAUGGAACACAACAGAUUCAGCCAUGGGGGUGGAGGUUGGCCCUUGGCCUUGCUGCAAUACCAACUCUUUUGAUGACUGUCGGUGGAAUAUUUAUUCCAGAGACUCCAAAUAGCUUAGUGGAAAGAGGAUCAAAGGAACAAGGGAGGAAGCUCCUUGAAAAAAUCAGAGGAACGAAUGAGGUCGACGCAGAGUUCCAAGAUAUGCUUGAUGCAGGUGAAUUGGCAAAAUCAAUAAAGCACCCUUAUUGGAACAUCCUUAAAAGAAGAUAUAGACCGGAGUUGGUCAUGGCUAUCUGCAUGCCUGCAUUCCAGAUUCUGACUGGCAUAAAUUCAAUUCUCUUUUAUGCUCCAAUGCUGUUUCAAAGCAUGGGAUUUGGCAGAGAGGCAUCUCUCUACUCCUCAGCCUUGACUGGAGUAGUUCUUGCCUUAUCAACAUUCAUUUCUAUUGCAACAGUAGAUAGAUUGGGGAGAAGACCCUUGCUCAUUAGUGGUGGAAUACAGAUGAUUAUAUGCCAGGUUAUAGCUGCCAUAAUUUUGGGGGUCAAGUUUGGAGAAAACCAAGAGUUGUCAAAAAGUUAUUCAAUAUCGGUUGUAGUUGUACUUUCUCUAUUUGUUCUAGCUUUUGGAUGGUCAUGGGGUCCUCUAGGAUGGACAGUACCAAGUGAAAUAUUUCCAUUAGAAGUUCGAUCAGCAGGACAGAGUAUUACCGUUGCAGUAAACCUCCUGUUCACUUUCAUAAUUGCGCAGGCAUUCCUUUCCCUUCUAUGUUCGUUCAAGUAUGGGAUCUUUCUGUUUUUUGCUGGCUGGAUAACCAUCAUGACCAUAUUUGUUGUUUUGUUUCUACCUGAAACCAAGGGAAUUCCCAUUGAGGAGAUGUCAAUUAUUUGGAGGAAACACUGGUUCUGGAAAAGGAUACUGCCGGAUGAUGCAGAUCGAAAAUCCCAAGACUCUGGAACUGAAUUAAUUAACUUAGAUAUGUUAUCAACUGCGUAUGAACAUGCAGUAUAGAACUGAUAAGUUUAUCCAGAUCAAUAGAGUUUACCUUUCGUUUGCUGUAAUUAUGAUAUUACACAACUACUCCUAUAAAGCUAUAGUUGAAAAGAACAAUCUAGUUCUUGUUGUAUUUAUGGGAAAUGAUAGUUAUAUUGAUUGUUUGAUUGAUUGUU